AUGCCACGCCACGAUGCACUUUCCCACCGAGAUUGUCUGCUUGCAUUCCCUCCCAUUCCACGCCAUGACCUCGACGCCCUCGAGCUGUCAAAUCUCGCCUCCCCGUCCGCCACGGCGAAGCUCGCGUGUGCUUCUCCUGGUGGUGGUGGUGGUGGUGUUCCAUCCCAUAUAUCCUUUGUGCCACCUUCCAUCCAUCCGCUCGAGCCAACCACUGCGCCGAACAUGGCAAACGAAAUCUCACAACCUCCAACUCUAUCACUUCCUGACCUCAUCUUUGACACCUUCCAGCGCAUCAGCAGACAACCUACAACCAAACAGCCGCCGCGCCCGCUGGCUUGCUUCGGCAUCAUCGCAUGUGAAGCCAACUGCAGAUGUCGUAAUCGCAACUCCCACCAUCACUGCCUCCUUCUAGCCAAGCUUGCAUCUUUGGCCGUUUGGGACGCAGUACGGAGCAGCUGCGAAUCUCUGGGGGCUCGGGAGGGGGUUGAACAUGAGGGGCGCCGCGGCUUCCAUAGUGGGGUGCCUGCCUCUCUCACCGGGCAGGUUAUCACAGAUCGUCGAGGCAAGUCAUCUCGAGCACAGAGUCCAUACAACCAAGGGCCCAAACUCUGCUGCGCCCGUCAACUAUCAAAUCGUGACAACACCCGCCGGCCUGCAUUCGAGAUUGCUGUCGACUUGCAGUUUGCGGCCUCGUACAUGAGGCAAUACCUGAUUUUCCCGCCCGUAGGCAACUGGCGCACCCCGGCCGAUCCUGCCCCGAUCCCCUCUGCCCUAGGUAAGAGUUCCUGGAAUCCAAGGGACGAAUCGUCAUCCAGGGAUCAUGACCUCUUCCUCCACGGCCUCCACCCGAACGCAGCAACCCAGGCCCUUGACCCCAUCUCUCGUCACUCACACCUUGUGGAGAAUGGCCAGCCGCCAAUCACCAACCUGCAGCCGUGCCGUUGGCUGCCCCAGGGCUGGAACAAGUACUCCUUGAGGCGCCGCCCUCAGUCCAAUCGAGUCAGCUCCGGUGUGGGCUCCCAGGAUCACGCCCAGACACAGGCACCACAGCCAGUCCACCUCCGCUCACCGCAGCAUCCAACCACAGACGCCUACAUAAUCCUUAGCCUAUCGUAA